AUGCCUAAAGACGUCAAAAGACCCGAACUCGCCAAACCGUAUGUGCAUGUGCCGGUGAAACCUCGCAAUUCCGCUACUGGAUUUGCUGCUCAGAACUUGCCAAUGGUGGCCAUGUUUAUGAGAAACAAGCCCUUGGCUUGGUCGUGUCUUUUGCUCGCUGUGCAGAGCUACCUGAAUGAGCCACUGAUCAAGUCGCCUGACGAUGAUGCCCAACCAGCGAUUUUCAAGAUUGUGUUUGCGGUUAUUGGUGUGCUGACCAGUUAUAUGGACCUUGUUUUCCCAAACACCAACCCGCAGGCUCGGCUCCAAAAACCUGCACCUACUGAAGCUUAG